AUGGAAAAAAGGGUUACACCACCAAAAUCCACCCCUCGUCAUAGAGCCCUCCUUCAAGCCGGACUUGGGAUUGUCCGUUUCAUCCGCCUCUGCGGAUCAUUUCGAGCACUCCCAACGCCACCAAAGCCCACAACUCGUGUGUGUGUGUGUGUGUGUCGAAUGGGAUCGGAUGACUAUCGGCCAAGUCAACUUGACGGUCCGGCCGCAUGGACUACAGUCGCUCUGACCUUUGAUAUCCACAUGUUGUCCGUCUCUGGGGCGGCAGACGCGACCAAUCAGCGUUAA